CUCCUGCCUGUGUUCUCACCGAUUCCGCACUGAGAAGAAAAGCUCGCAGUGAUGGCAUCAUCGGCGGCUCAUGCCGCCUCGAAGUUGCCUUCGUCCGACUCGGAAGAUGCACUGGCCGUAGCCCUACGCGUGGACAGCUCCUCGUUGCGCUCCAAUGAAGCCCCAGACGCCCCCGUGUCGCUGUACGACGACCCACAAGUGCGCUUAGAUGUAGCCGAGGACUUGACGUUGUUGCUGGGAUUUGAGCGCAAGAUCUACAGCGUUGGCGUGCAAAAGGACAUGGAGAAUGAUGGCCAAACGACAGCCUCGUUGCGUGUCAUCGUGGACACCGAGAGCGUCCACCUGGAGGAGGACGAACAGGUCGCGGACGUCAAGUGGCUUGACCGCGAGCGCUUCUGCGCUGGCUACACGUCGGGUAUCGUGCGCAUCUUCAACCGAGUGGGGAAGCUUCUGUUCGAACAGAAGCUGCACGGCUCAGCGGUACACAAACUGGACGUGAACCGCAAUGCGGCUACGAUAAUGGCGCCUCGUCGAGCUAGCGUCAUGCUGUCGGAUGAGCCAGACAUGGAGGGCGAGCUCUGGGUGUUGUACACCGACUCUACUGUGGCUAUUAUUCAAAUCUCAGAGAUUUUAGCCAAACUCAACUCAGUGUUCGGACCGGCACAAGCCAGUAAGUUCAGGAAAUACUCACUGCGAGAUCAGAAAGAUAUUGUCGCUGCCAUCCCGUGCGGACCCGUGAGACCCACAAUCUUCCAGUCGCACUCGCGUCUCGGCGUAUAUACUAUCAUAAGCGCAGGAUCAGCCCCUUUCCUCGCUUUUUAUCAGGCUGGAAACGACCAGAAUUCCAUCAUCCACUUGGCUCAUAUCGCUACAGCCAUUGCAUCGAGAGCUGCUGGGGCUGUGUGGAACUUUGCAACGAGUUGGGGGUGGAGAAGAGACACAGGAGAGUCUGCAACUGGAGAGGAAGGACAAACGGAGUACACUCAACUUGGCUCAGGUGCGAUUGAUGCUGCAGCUGAACACGUUCCGGCACCAAUAGACACAACUCGAUCGAUCUAUGAAGAUGAACGACGACGCUGCAGAGUUCUCGUAUUGAGCCCGACAGGUAGAUUGGCAGCUGUUUCGGACACGCUAGGACGGAUUCUGCUAGUUGAUACAGCGCGAAUGCUCGUGGUUCGGAUGUGGAAGGGUUAUCGGAAUGCACAGUGUGGCUGGAUGCAAGGAUCAGAAGGCGCCCGUCGACCUCCUGGACUCUACUUGGUUAUUUACUCUGCCCAACGUGGUAUUGUUGAGGUAUGGCGCGCACGGUAUGGUCCCAGGGUUUUCAGUUUUGCGGUGGGCAACAGCGCUAAACUCUUCACGCAGUUCGAUCCUGUGAGUAGAAGGACCAAGUGCAUUGUCUUGUGUGAAACAAGUGACAAUGUGUCGGAACUGAUUGAGCUGAAGCCUGGACUACCCAACGCGUCGAUUUUGAUGAAGUAUUUUACCCAGAACAAGCUUCAAGAAGAGAAUUUUCUUCUGCAUCAAGUAAUUGGUGGCCUUCAAGCGUUCGUGAAGAAAAAGCGUGCCGACGCGACCCACACCCUCGAACAAGAUUCAUUGGAGCCGUUGUUAGAUGAUAUCGGCAGCCUUUCUUCGUCAACGACGAUCCAGACACUGCUGGACGUCCUGCUCAAUGCAGACAUGAUUCUGCUGAACGCAAGUUUCUUGCUUAAAGCACUUGAGAAAUUGCAGCUGGCUUUGAAGAACGGAAUGUCUUCUAGGACACCGACUGGGGUAGAAUUAUCGCUCCAGUGGAAGCUACUUUGGCAGCACCGUCUUGUAUCUACGUUUAUCGGGUUCCAGGCCGAAUUUGAGCGUGGCAAGCAUGCGCUUACAGCGAUGAUGCAGACCUCCACAAGAGACAUCAUGUCCCGAUCAAGCACCAAAGAACAGGAGUCUGGCCCACUGCCACGUGUUCUCCCAUGGUUAGAGCUCUUUCGCCGGGCUGGUCUUGCACUCGAUGAUGAAUCUUGCAGCCGGACGUGUAAAGCGAUAGAUAGCGCCAGUCAACUCACGGCGUGGGAAUUUAUGGAGUUUUUCUCCAUGCCGUUCAGUGAUCCUGACUUGCCCCGGCGACGUGAUAUUCUAUCUCUGUUUGAAGUUGCUGAAACCAAGGAAGAGUUUCUGCGUGACGCUUUCCGCGUGCUGAAGACUCCAAUUUUCCGCAAAUUUUCAACAACCGCUCAGAGGGACUGCUUAUUUACAUUUAUUCUAGCUCCAGUGCUGUCGAGUGUCUUCGCGGUACAGGUACGGAUGAGUUUUCUCUGUUUGGCCUCUAGUUUAUUUGACACAUCCUUUUCACUGGUACAGGAGCUUCAACAACUUCAUUCAGCCAUCUUCUUGACCGAAGACAUUCUCACCAGACUAUUUAUUGAGUGGUAUUUCUCCCUACCGCUCGGCGCUGUACUCGCUCUACCUCCCCCAUCCAAGUCUUCGUCUCUUCAGCGCUGGUUACAACCGUAUUUCGUUAUCUCAGAUGUUGAAACAGCAAUCGAAGAAGAAGGUGAUGACAACGCUAAAACGCCGUUUGUGUCUUCAGAAACCUAUCUCCGACGCUUGCGUGGUUGCUCUUCCUCGCUAGAGGAGAUAUUCAACUCCUGCUGGAAGACACCAAAGCUGUUCCAUGGGUUUGUGCUGAGUGAGCACUGUGGUUGGGGCGAGAAACAGUCGGCCAAGCAUGCUGAAGAAGACACUUUCGGAAAGUAUAGCAGUGCUGGUAGUGGAGCACGCUGGACCAUUCUGCAAGACUGCAUUGCGAAAACGGUGCACUUGUCAUUGCGUCUCGGAAAAGUCGGUCGAUUAUCUGUGGACGCAGUGGAACACGUGGAUGAUAUCAUGCGAAGUAUUGCUGUGAUACAGAUUAAUGAUGGCCACGAAGCUGGCGAAGAUGAUGCCGCUGUACAAUUACCCAAAGACCACGUCGAGGUGAGUAUGGGUGAUGAUGGAACGGAUGGUUGGGUCGCGACGAUGGAGGACUGUCGUAAAGCUGCUCAAAUGAAGGACUGGGCAGCUGUACUCCGCGCGUAUCCGCAACUCGCGAACAAAGAUGCGCUGUGCUGCUUCCGAGUAGGAAUCCUUUGCGCGGCUUGGAAUGCGGAGCGAUCGGACAUGAGACAGCUAGAGGAUGCGUUGCUGGAGCUUGAUUGUGUGGCGUCACUCCAAGUGAAAGCGGCCAUGGCAGCGUACAUUUGGGAACGAUACAUUCGUGUCCAUGUAGUGACACUGAUCACGUUUUGGGAGGAAAGUGCAGCUGGAAGGAAACCACAACGGGGUCUCCAGCCACAAGUAGCUCGCCGCUUCUUUGGCAUUAUCCGAAGUCUGCUUGUCACGUUGUUAACUGCAGUGAAGGCAGUAUCAGUGGUUCGAGUCGUAUCGUCAGCGAAUGACCAGGAUGAGCCUGAAAGCGAUUAUGACGAUGAAACAAGUGAUGCAGAUGCCGAAUCUGACGAAGAUGACGAUAAUUUGUCUCGUAUUGCUGUGUUUAAGAUGGAAAGCUUGACUCAGUCUAUCAAAUGGCGUUGCCGGGUGAGAGAUCUCCAUUUGGUGUUUAGACAACGGUGGCCACCUUCGCACGAUACUUCAGCGCUCAUGCAAGUGUUGCAAGGCUUCAAAUUCGAUAUGGUAUCGGUAACGCAGAUCGCCGAUCAUAUCAGUUUGGUUAUGCUGCUCGAUUCGUUUGCUGCGACGUCUGUGACUCCGAUUUCAGUUGUCAAGUUGUUCUCGAAUAAUGGUCGACAUUUGUGCCGGCCGGACAGUUUUCUGAUGACCCAACAAAUCGCUCAGUCGAGUGAAGAGGAGACGAAAUCUAUCAGUCAAGACCGUACCAAGUUUCUGAAGGAACUUCUCCGACAUGAUGAAACAUUAGGUUUUGCGCUUGCGGAGGCAUUUGGACUUCCGUUAGAGGUGAUUCGUGAAGAGUACGUGCUGUUCUUGUAUCAGUCUGGGCGGGACGAGCGCGCCGAUCUUGCCAUUGAGAAGAUGCAGAGACCAGAACGACUGGUGCUCAAGCUUGGGGCUAUUGCGCGAGCCAGACUAUCACUUAUUCUGAGACGGAUGAAGACCGAAGCGGAGUACGCUGUAGUGAUGAGUAUGCUGCCUGCCGACACCUUUUCGUGGGUGAUUAGCGAUACCAAGCCACCUCUUGUGGCAGACCCGCUGGUCGAAAAGCUCGAUCUUACGCCAUCGCUUACUUCUACUCACUACUUGCUACUCAAGUGCUUGGCCAUGAUCUCACCCACCGGUGAGGAGUUCGAGAAAGUGUCCGCCAUGUCCGUACUAGUGAAGGACGUCAUUAGCCAAGUGAAGCUGCAUUCAUAGAGCUACCAAUUUUAAUGAGCUACAGCGAUAGUGGCCGGGUUGGCAUUCAGCCAACACAACUUAAAUGGGAAUGGAAAAAAUAUUUCGAGAGAUCGAUGGCAUAUUUUAUUACGACCCAAAAUUUGACUAUUUUGAGUUGGGUUCCGAAUAACCCAAAUAAACCAACGCAUAUUUU